CGUCGAUCUCAGUACACUCUGGCACCCCGGUCCCCGCGGUACCGUCGCUUCGAACGGCAUAUACCGACGACCGACACGUUAUAAUUAGCUCGUUCGCCCGAUCCGCCGUGUGAGAAGACCGCGACCGCCUACGCUCGCGUUUACGGCUCUCUGGCGUGUGACGAUCGUCGCCGCGUGGACGCGACGCUGCAGAUGACCAUCGUCACGGCGGCUCGCCGAGACGACCGCGCGCCGGACCACCACCAUCAUUGUACACUCGGUGGCGGCUAACAAAAUAAAAAAUAAAUCCUCUACGGGCUGUAUUAUAAUAAUUUUAUAAUUACUAUAAUUGGCGGCACCUGAAAACAUUUGCGAUCGUACCCGAAGGAGUUUAUAUCCGAUUGAUAGUAAUAUAAUGUGGACUCCGGUAUCGUUCACAAGUGACAAUAGUGUUCCACCAUCAAGAUCCAAACAUAGCGCUGCUGUUCACGGUAACCACAUUUAUGUGGUCGGUGGUCGGAAUGGCAAUUGGCCGCUUAAAGACAUAUGGAGAUACGCCCUGUCAAAUAACACCUGGGAACAGUUGCAUCCGACAGGAGAUACAUUGCAAAAUUUGCAAGAACAUACAGCAGUCGUUUAUCAAGAUAAGGUAUACGUUUUCGGCGGAGAAGUGGGGUUUUCAUCUGCCUCUGAGUCUCCACUAUGGUCUUACAGUAUUAAGGAUAAUCAAUGGAAAAAAGUUAAAGGAAAAUCCGGCUCAAAUAUACCUAAAGGCAGAAGAGGUCAUACUGCAUUAGUAUACAGAAAUUCAAUGAUUAUUUAUGGAGGAUAUAGAGACUUAAAAGGAUCCACGAAUGAAAUGUGGGCUUUUCACUUCGAUACUGAGUCGUGGCAUUUACUUUCUCAAGGAAGAGUACUACCACCAGCGAGACACAAACAUUCAGCAAUCAUACACGACGAUGUAAUGUGGGUAUAUGGAGGAAUGACCGAUUUACAUGAAAGAUCAGAUUUGUGGAGAUUUGAUUUUGUGAAGAAAAAAUGGAGUGUUUUGAAAACCAAAGUAAAUCCAGGUUUAUUGCAUGGUCACAGUGCUUCCAAAGUCAUGGGCUCUAUGAUUAUUUUCGGCGGAAAAAAAGGAGGGCAGUUUAGUAAUGAUUUGUGGAAGUUUUAUUUCGCUACCGAGACUUGGGAGAAAGUGCACACUACCUAUCCGCAGCCUCCGCCGAUCUGCGAGGCCGUGACGCUGACGGUAUCAGAAACGACAACGACGUCGACGACCAAGAGUAGCCGUGAGAAUGGCGUACAGUCGCCCAUUGUGGUUCGACGGUCCAGGAGCGGCCGGUCCGCGGACAGGCAACAGCAGAGUGGCGACCGGGAUCACAACAGUCAUCUACAUCAAUGGCAUCACCAGUGCAGGUCCGAGUCUCGGGCGUCGUCUUUGGGUGGUUCGAAUGUGAACAUCCUGAAAGAGAUAUCGAAACUAUCGCAACUCAACCUGUACCGGCUUGCCCACAACAAGACUUACAGCGUGCUGAGCAGCACGGACAGUGUGGUGUCCGCGGAUGCUUCGCAUGUACACCAGCAGCAACAGAACAUGGUCAAGUCUCAGUCAGCUAAUGUCAUCGCACGGUCGUUGAUAUCGCCGGUAGUGUCGAACGCGUCACCGCCCGGCCACAAGUCGUCGUUCCCACCAUGUAGAAUGCCCAGGGAUCCGAUGUCCGUGCCAAAUUUCGGCGUGGCCUUAACCCCGGUCGAGGCCACCAAGCUGGUAUACCUGGAGGGUGAGGAGGCGCCGAGCCCCCGCGUCGAAUUCGAUCACGAUUUCGGGUCCGUGCACAUGCGGUUCCACCCCAACGGGCCUAUGUCUUCCGGGUCGUCGACGCUUAACAACAAGACGCUCAAUCGUCGCAGCUACCCGAUGACCAGUUCCGCAUCCGCCCGGUUUGGAAACCCGUACAGUACGCCAGAAGAACCAGGCGAAAUCACUUCUGGAUACGUUAGUAUCGAGACGGUGCACCAGUCACCUAACAGCGGCGACGGGCCUAUGUGUUUCUCCAACCCUAACUACAUGGUGGCUGACAUACAAAACGCCAUAUCCAAAGGUGAUUACGUCAAGCUCAAUAGUCCACCGGAUAGCCUGUUGGAGGACAGCGAUAAUGCAUUUGAAAUGCGCGAUAUGCGUCCUGCGCCGCCCAAGACUUUGGCGCUCAACUCGUCGACGGCCUUCAACUCGAGCUCGGACGUCCGGUCGUCGACAAAGGCUGCGCGGGCUGCUAGCGCUGGACGGGUGUCGGCCAUUAGUCGAGGUGGUGGCAGCGCGGUCGUCGAGCACCAUCAAGUCAAAGAAUACGCAGUGUACCUUUUGGGCGGCAUGGAACGCGACGGUUCUGUGACCGUUUUCAAAAAGCCCAUGACCGUGUGGAAGCUGAGCAUGUUCUUCAGGAACGUGCAGUGAUGACGAGCUUGCAGCAGUAUAAUAAUAUGUAGCGAGGUACGAAAACUCGCGACCUAUACCGCGAACACGUCAACAAGACUGCGAAAAAUCAGAACGACUCCGACACAAUCCUUGGACCGUAGUCGGUAUAGUUUUUACUUCCUGAGAAAAUGCGCGACUCAUCGUGUUGUGUAAAUUAAUUACUUAUAGCGUUUUUAGGUUUUACGUAUUAAUUAAUUUUAUUUUUAUUAUUAUUAUCAUCAAUGUCGCUAAGUUUUUCAUAUAGCUUUCUUAACGACGUUAAGCGUAGGUAUAUUAUAAUAUUAUUACGUCCAUGUACCAUAAUAAUAUAUUAUUUUCCACAAAUCGUUAUCUGUAACGUUCGUGCGCGAAAGAAAGUAAUUGCGUAAAGUGGAUUUUGUCCGUCCGGCGUCAUAGCGUCCGUCCGUCAACAGAUACGACCCAAAUAUAAAAAUUCAACAAACGAGUGCUUUGCGAAAUUCGCACAACAUAACAAUAAUUAAUUACAUACCUACUCUAAGGAUUCUUCAUUUUUAAAACUUUGAACAAUACCGUGUAAUAUUGAUACAAUUACGUCUGUAAGUAUAUAGGUAUGUAUAUAUAUACCGCAUCUGCAAUGAAACAUAAAUAAGUAAGUAGAUGUAAUGAGCGUGAUUUUCGCAUGCUAAUAAAAUGUGCCAAAAAUCAAACAAUUGACUAAUAAUUGUAUUUUGUUAAGAUCAAUUAUUAAAUUGAUUAAAAUAUCUUCUGUAAGUUUAGAUUUAAUAAAAAAAACCAUAUGUGCCAUUCGUCAAAUUUCUGUUAUACUUUAUGUCGAAGUUCAGUUUAAAUCUUUUUGUAUUUUUUACUUUCUGAACAGUGACUGAAAUCCUGCCAUUUUUAAUGUUCGUAUUAAUUAAUAAAAUUAAUAUUUUUUAACUAUGUUGUCGGGUAUAAAUUAUAUCUCGUUAUUCAAAUGGUAGAAUGAAAUGCAGUGUUUAUAUUAUAAUUUAUUAUAGUGAUCUUCACUCGAUUAAAAUAUUUACACGAUAAAAUGUAUUUUAUUUAAAUUCUAUUGUAGUAAACUAACUAUUUUCCGAGCCAAAUUUGAAAUUUGUAUUCGAGUAUUUACUAUUAUUUGUGUACUGCAAAUUAAUUUAAAAAUAAGAAAUAAAAGUAAUAAAUAAAAAAAAUAAACAUAAAAUGUAUACUGCAUACAUAUAAAAAAUAUUUAGUAGAUUUCAAGUACAGACACAAAUAAAUAAAUCAUUCUAAUCGUACUUUAAAUUUUUUUUAUAGUGUAUACUAUUAUUAAUAAGAAAUAAUUUUCUUGUUUCUGACUAAAAAUCUACAAUCAUAAGGUUUAUAAAUUGUUUUUAUGUACCUAUAGUAUAAUGAGUGAUUUGGAACAAAUUAUUUUAUCAACUCAUUUCCAUACGACCAUACCUCCUGUUUACUCAAUGAUUGUUAACUUUAGAUACUAAGAUAUUUAAAUUAUAAAUUGUAUUCAUUUUUAUUGAUUUUCCUUUAAUACUAUAAAACUAUUUUUUGUUGUUUAUUAGAAAUUGAAAAUAUGUAAUUUUUAUUGAAGUAAUUAAUAUUUUAUAUUUAUAAAAUAAAUAUUUAAUUACUUCCACGAUUUUAUUAUUAAAAAUAUAUUCCAUUUCAUAUUAUUAUCAGAUUUGAUUUUGCUUAGUUUUUUUUUUUUUUAAUUGUAUAUUUAGUUUUAAGAUUGUGCCAUUUGCGAUGUACUGCCUGUAGAACAAAACGUAAAAAUUAUAUAUCUACGUAAUAUUAUCUAUUAUUAAUUAUUAUCAUUAUUAGCAUUAUUGAUCGUGCAAUAUUAAUAUAUAAAUGGUGUCGUAUAUAACUAAGUAGAAAACAAAUUUUAAAUAAUCGCAAAAUGUUUAUAACGACUGUAAUAAUUUGAUUGAACUAUUUUUUAUACAUUUAUCUAUACAAUCUAUAUAUGUGUACAGUAAUAUGUAGUAUACAUAGUAUGUAAUACAAUAAAUAAACUGUGUACUGAUUUUUACUUAGCUUAUCAAAAUAUCGAACCAUUUAUAUAGAUAUUUUAAAAUUAGUUUUGUAUAUUUUUAUUUAUUAUUUUUAUUAAUCAUAACAUUUUACUGAUUACCAAUAUUAUACUUACUUUAGAUUACCAAAAUACGAGUGCAAUAUAAAUAUUUAGUUUUUAUACGUGAUUUUUAACACUUUAGACGUUAAAAAAAGUUGUCUACAAUUUACUAUAUUAUGCCAAUGAAUAUUGUUAAUUUAUUAUUUGAUUAAAUAUUAAGGGAAUUUAUAACAUUUAUUAUUAUUUCCACAAGAGUAAGUAAAUUAGUAUGUACAAUUAUGAAAUUAAAAAGUAUUAUUUGUUUCAUAAUUUAGUUUUUACAUUUUUUUAAGACUAUACCAUUGUACGUGUAACUAGAUGCCCAAAGACCAAAGCGGAUGUAUCAUAUAUUAGAUAUAGUAUAUACGUGAUAAAUAUUUAUCUAAAAUACAAAUGAGCAUUUCGUUUUUUAUUAUUUUAGUAAACUCGAUCAAAAAUAUUAAUUAUAAAUAAAAAUUGAUAACAUUUUUUGGAUCCAGACAAAAUUUAUAGUAAUCUACCAUUUACAUAAACUGGUCUCUGGGCAAUUUUAUACGAUAUGUUCAUAAUGUUGUGAUAAAUUAGUAAAUAAGUAACCUAUACCUAUCCAAAACAUUUAUUUUGUGUUUUUUCAUAUCGUGUUGUUUUAAAUAAACAUCGUUUAUUGGUAAUAAAUAAAUUAUACAUCUUUACAACUAUA